AUAUUUGUGCAUGUAAUAGCAAGGUGAAGCUACUCUUGAGAAUGGAAAGCGUUGCAAGGUCCAACACUCUUAAGUAUGAGUGUCUGUUGUUUGAUAUGGAUGACACUUUGUAUCCUCUUAGUUCAGGUGUCAACCUAGCUUGUCGCAAAAAUAUAGAAGAAUAUAUGUUGCAUCACCUGAAUAUUGAAGAAAGUGAAGUGCCAAAAAUGUGCUUGGAUUUAUACAGAGAAUACGGCACAACAAUGGCAGGCUUGAAGGAGCUGGGGUACGAAUUUGACAACGACAAGUUUCAUGAAUAUGUGCAUGGAAGAUUGCCAUAUGAGGUGCUAAAACCUGAUCCACUACUAAGGAACCUCCUACUUUCCAUGCCACAACGCAAAAUUAUAUUUACAAAUGGUGAUAAAGCACAUGCAAUUAGAGUUCUGAGCAAGUUGGGACUGGGAGAUUGUUUUGAAGGUAUUAUAUGCUUUGAAACUCUGAAUCCUUCCUUAGAGGAUAAUGCUACUAUUUUAUGCAAGCCUUCUCUCAAAGCAAUGGAGGCUGCUAUUCAGAUUGCAAACCUUGAUCCAAACAAAACUAUUUUUUUCGACGAUAGCGCUCGAAACAUAGCAAGUGGUAAACAAGCUGGACUCCACACGGUGGUUGUGGGUAGCUCAACUUUGGUUGCAGGGGCAGAUCACGCCUUGAGGAGCAUACACAACAUAAGAGAAGCCCUUCCUCAUAUAUGGGAAGAAGAAGGAGAUUUACCGCAAAAAAAUAUCCAAUCCAAUGCUGCUGAAUUAACCAUAGUACAAGCAUAAUAACAUCUACACUCAAUGUGCAUCAAGACUUUAAUUUGAUGAAUUUCAAUAAAAAAAAUCUACGUGAAAUGAAAUAAUAAGUCAUUAUAUAUGUAUCCAAUAAUAAUGUACGUGUUACAUUUAUAGCAGUACUAUAUAAUAUAAGUCAUUAUAUUUGCUCUUUA